AUGACAAAAGUUUCAAGGACGAUCAAAAAGAUCGUGCACGGUUAUUCAGUAACAUUCGGAUUUAGACCACCAUACCAAAUUGUCUUGGAUGGGGAGUUUUGCAAAGCAGCUUUGAAACAAGAGAUCUAUAUUAAAGAUGCCUUAUCUGAACUAAUGAACGACACAACGCGUAUAUUUGUUACUGAAUGCAUUUUAAAGGACAUUAAAGACAAAGGGCAUGAAUUCACCAGUGCAUACAUUCUUGCCAAACGUUUUGAAGUACGCAAAUGCCCACACCACCAUAAAGAUAGCAAAGAUGAUAGCACCUUAGUAUCUGCAUAUCAGUGUAUUCGAGACCUUGUCGGAAAAGAAAACAACAAACAUUAUUGUGUUGCAUCACAACAACCAAAAUUACGAGACCGUAUGAGAAAGAUACCUGGCGUGCCAAUCAUUUACGUCGAUGUUAAGCACAAGCGUCUUGGUUUAGAGCCUAUGACGGAUAGAACAAAAAAGGUCCUUAAAGAAAAGGAAAUAGAAAAAGAGACGGCGUUGGAUAAAGAGACGGCUCGAUUAAAGAAAGCACUUUUUGCUGAGAAACGAAAAGAAAGACAGUUGCAUCAAAGACCAAGGCCAAAGGGUCAGAAGCAAAAAGCGAAGGGAGUGAAUCCGUUAGCAAUGAAAAAGAGAAAGAGGAAAACCCCUCCUCCUCCCAAAAACCCCAACAAAAAGCAAAAAACUGAUAGCAAUAGUAAUAACAAACAGAAGACGAGCAAUAAAAUUACCACUACUAGCGAUAACAAUAAAGUGAAGGCGUCAAACUAG